GAAAAGAUUUGUAGCCGUAGCCGAACUCAAUGGGCCUACAAGUACCAAACUGAAAGAUUAGUUUCAGUUCUCCUUCACUUCAGUGGUUCACUUCCGUCCCUUGCUUAUCAGUUGUCAAUGGAAGCAGGUUCAACAGUCCCCUCAACAACUCCCCCAUUCGAACCAAACAUUGAAGUCAUCAGACAAAGACUCCUAAAAAACGGCGUAUACCCAAAUCCAAAAAUCAUCCGUGCUCUUCGCAAGAAGCAAAUUCAAAAACACAACCGCAAAAUCACCAAAGUCUCCCAAGCCCAGCUCACCGCCUCUCAGAAGCAAGCUCUAGCCGAAGAAUCUCAUUUCCAAACCUUAACAAGUGAGUACAGAACCUUUACUAAAGCAAUAAAAGGCGAAACACGGUCUAGCACUAGCGGUUUGCUAGUGGGUCGGCCAUGGGAGAGAAUAGAGAGAGUGAAGCUGAGAGAAAUUGUCAGCGGAAGUAAUCAAUUUAAUGGAAAUAAGUUAAACGUUGAAAGUUUAAGAGAAUUGAAAGAAAAUUUUGAAGAUGGGUUGAAUUGGGUUUUGGAUAAUGAUAUUGAAUUGGAAAAUAAUGAUGAUUGGUUGAGUAGUGAAAAUCAAUGGCAAUAUGAUCCAGCUAAGAGGAGACGCAAUGAUAAGGAAGAAAUACGGUUUCUUGUUGAUAGGUUAAGUAAAAGAGACGUGACUGUGAGAGAUUGGAAGUUAGCCAAAAUAAUGAAGCAGUCCGGAUUGCGGUUUAGUGAAGGGCAGUUGAUGAAGAUUGUUGAGGGACUUGGGAACAAGGGAAAAUGGGAACAAGCGAUGGCUGUUGUGGAAUGGGUGUAUAAUGACAAGGAACGAAGAGAUAGUAAGAGCAGGUUUGUUUACACAAAACUCUUAUCAGUGCUCAGGAUUGAAAGGAGGCCCAAGGAAGCCCUUCGUAUUUUUAAUUCGAUGCGUGAAGACCACAAUUUAUAUCCUGACAUGGCUGCGUAUCACGUCAUUGCGGUUACGCUUGGUCAAGCUGGCAAUCUGAAAGAAUUGCUUAAAAUUGUUGAAUGCAUGAAGCAGCAGCCUUCUAAAAGAAUUAAUAAAAUGUGCUACAAGCGUUGGGAUCCAGUCCUUGAACCAGAUAUAGUUAUAUAUAAUGCUGUAUUGAAUGCUUGUGUUCCAACCCAGCAGUGGAAGGGCGUAGCAUGGGUGUUUGAGCAGUUGAGAAAGAGUGGUCUUAAGCCCAAUGGAGCUACAUAUGGAUUGGCAAUGGAGGUAAUGCUGAAUUCUGGCAAGUAUGACCUUGUCCAUGAGUUGUUUAGGAAGAUGAACAGAAGUGGAGAAGCUCCCAAAGCACUCACAUAUAAAGCUUUUUCAGUUCUUGUCAGAGCUUUUUGGGAGGAAGGCAAAGUCAAUGAAGCAAUGGAAGCAGUGAGGGAUAUGGAAAAUAGAGGGGUAGUUGGAACAGCCAGUCUAUAUUAUGAACUGGCAUGCUGCCUCUGCUACUAUGGGAUGUGGCAAGAUGCUAUGCUAGAGGUUAAGAAGAUGAAAAAUCUUCGUCAUAGUAAACCUUUGGAAGUCACUUUCACUGGCUUGAUAAUGUCUUCCCUAGAUGGUGGACAUGUCAGUGAUUGCAUCUCUAUCUUUGAAUACAUGAAAGCCUAUUGUGUCCCUAACAUUGGGACCAUAAAUAUCAUGCUCAAAGUUUAUGGCCGGAAUGAUUUGUUCUCAAAAGCUAAAGAGUUGUUUGGGGAAAUUAAAGGCACCAAUAAUGAUGGUACUUACCUUGUACCAGAUGAGUUCACCUAUAGCUCAAUGCUCGAGGCAUCUGCUAGUGCACUUCAGUGGGAAUACUUUGAACUUGUGUAUAAGGAGAUGACAUUCUGUGGGUAUCAACUAGAUCAAAAGAAGCAUGCCUCGCUACUUGUGGAAGCAUCUAGAGUUGGAAAGUAUCAUCUUUUGGAGCAUGCAUUUGAUGCUGCAUUGGAAGCUGGAGAAAUUCCUCAUCAUUUGUUGUUCACUGAAAUGGUAUUUCAAGCCACAGCUCAGCAGAAUUAUGAGAGAGCUGUCGUCCUAGUCAAUACUCUCGCUCUUGCCCCAUUUAAAAUCAGUGAAAAGCAAUGGAUAGAUCUUUUCCAGAAAAAUGGAGAUAAAAUCACUCAGGACGGUUUAGAGAAGCUGUUAGAUGCACUUCGUAGUUCUGAUGUAGCAUCAGAACCCACAGUUGCAAAUUUGUCAAGAACACUGCAUUCUCUAUGUGGACGUGGCAGAUCAGAGUACUUAUCAGGUUCCACUAGUCUGGGCAUUGACGUGACAAAUAGUUCAUAUUUGGAUUCUGGUAGUAGGAAAAUUAUGGGUGACAAAGGACCAGAGAUGCAUGAGGAUACUCUUAUUGAUAAAACUGAUAUCGCGUAUGGUGAUCUCAGUGUUACUCGCAGUAAUACAGGAGGAGAAGGUAGUGAUGAUACAGACGAGGCGUCUAGCAGCCCAAGAAAUUACAGCACGGAUCGGGAUGGAAUAGCUAGCAUAUGCACUAAUGUGAAGAUAUUUGGUGAUGACGAGGCAUCUGGUGCAUCUACUGAUUGCUUAGAUUUUGAUGAGAUGGAAUAUGGAAUACCCAUCAACCAGGUUGAUGAUUCUUGUGGAACUAAAUUGCCCUCAGCAGAUGAAAUACUGGAUAUCUGGAAGGAAAGCAGGAAAGGUAGAUUAUUCUUCCCCUUUCAGCUGCACAAGAAUGAACCCACUUCUGUACCCAAAAAUGUAAAUGAAGGAUAAAUUUAGACAGGAACCAGUUCUUAGGAAUUGUUGACUGUUAAAAAAACACAGCAUUGAGGUUAUAUAGUGCUUUCAAAUGUACAUAAUGGAGUUCUGAAAUGGCCAGUUCUUAGGUUUUCCUUC